GGAAAAUCUCGUUCUGGAAGCGGAGAAUCGAUCACGAUCCCUACCUAGGAAGGUCUAGAAGAGCAGCCAGGACUCAGGAGCUUCAGUAAGAGAGAUGGCGGGAGCAGCAGAAGGACAAAAGAGACCUGGAGGAAGACCAAUGCCUCCUUCCGGUAGAGGUCUUCCUCCUCCUCCGCCAGGACCUCGCUUUCCGCCGGUCGAUCGCGAGAAGACUUGCCCUUUAUUGCUUCGAGUUUUCACCAAGAGUGGAGGCCAUCAUACCAAGGAGGACUUUGCGGUGAGAGGCAAGGAGCCUAAGGAUGAGGUUCAAAUUUAUACUUGGAAGGAUGCUACUCUUCGCGAAUUAACUGAUCUGGUGAAAGAGGUGGCACCAGCAGCGAGAAGAAGAGACGCAAGACUGUCUUUUGCUCUGGUGUAUCCUGAUAAAAAUGGGCGUUUUAUUGUGCGAGAGGUGGGGAAGACAUUCUCUUUUGGAUCAGGGAGACGACUAGAUGAUGCCAAGGCAUUAGCUGAACUCGACUUUCAGAUUGGAGAUUAUUUGGAUGUUGCGAUUCUGUAGGAAAUCUCUACAUUACCAAGUACCUCCUCUUGGUUACUAUCUUAUUAUGUUGAUUUCUAAUUUUCAUAUCCUUACAUGUAUGAGAUCAUCUCAAAUGAUACCAAAAGUUCCAAAAUUUGAUGAGAGGGAUUAGCUUAGGAAGAGAUUCACUCUUAAGUGGCUGUCUUUGCAAUGUGUGAACAAUCCUGUGAUUUGUUACUUCAAGUUAGAUGGCAGUUUUUGAUAAUUUGACCAUAAGCCCUUGUCUUUAGUAUAACUUUAUUAUUAUUGUGUGAAAAUAUUAAUUCUGGAUA